AUGGGCUACGCCUACUGUUCAUCCCCGACCUGUAGAUACAACCCAGCCAGCCACCCCGACGCCUCUUCAGUCCAUGGAUCCUCCCCGACCAAUUUAUAUUCCUGGUCGGGCCUCAGUAGAAGAUUCGCCAAUGUUCCUCAGGCAAGCCCUGCUUUCAGAGAAGCUUCUCAGGCAGCUCACCAGGCCCGCUCUGCAAAUGACCGCUUGAGCCAGGACGCCCCUUCUUCCAAUAGAUGCAGGUCUCGGCUGCCUUCUGAUGAUUCUGAUUCGGAUGACCAGCCAUUGGCUCAGAGACGUCGACGUCGAGCCCCUCAUCCUGUGUCAGAUUCAGGCCCGUCCUCUACCCCUUUUCCUUCACCUCCUAUAGCAGUCACCUCUCCUCCGCCCCCUGUUGUAACUCCGCCUUCUGUCUCAAGCCAGGCAAAUGUUCCGCCUGAUCCCCCCACCAUUCCAGUUGAGCCUCUCACUGCUCAACCUUCUCCUCCAGCUCAACCUCCUAUUCAACCUUCUAUGUCACCGCAGCAACAAAGCACCGAGGUCGAUCCCUCGCGUGGCUCUCCGCCAGCUACCUCACCUCCAGAGCCAUCUCCUGUACCUCCGUCAGCUUCUCCUGGGUCAGCUGCUGGGCCUUCUAGCUUCGCCGCAGGGCCUUCACAACCGCCACCACCUGUCCCUCUUUAUUAUCGUAUUACUGCUCCAUUAGAGGCUGGACUACAGUCAAGGCGUGACGUUCCCACCAGCUCCUUGACCAUGAAAGGUCGCUUAGCCAUUGUGUGGGAAGAGAGCAAGCGUCAGAUGGAACUUUUGUCGCCCCUUGCCCAGAUGGACAGAUUUUCUGAGCUAUACAUCAAGGCCAGUCACGCCCUGAGGGUUGAAAUAAAAGUUCUAACAAAAAAGAAGAACAGUCUUGAAGUAUCCCUGACAAUAGGUGACCAAAAGCUUAAGGACCUCAGGGAACAAAAAAGCCAAGUUGAGGUUGUACACCAUCAGCUCAUGGACCAGCAAGCUUUGCAGCAUCAGCGAGCUCUGGACCAAAUGGCUCAAAAGUUGCGCACUGCCGAGACUUUAACGCAAGAACAAGACAAGAAGUUGAAAUCCCAGGAGGCUCAAUUGACGUCCCAAGAAGCAGAACUAUUAGCCGCCCGAAAUGAAUUGUCUCAGGCUUGGGCUACUGCAAAAGGGGCAUCAACAGCUCUGGCUAUUUACAAAGAGGGAGAGAACGAUCGUUGUCAAUAG